GUGACUCUCAGUGUCUCUCAGUGACUCUCAGUGACUCUCAGUGUCUCUCAUUGUCUCAUGGAGGAGCCAAGUGUCCACACCUGGAUCAUUAGUCAGGAUUUGAAGUGAAGAAGAAGUUGAAGACAUGAGGACAGAGUUUGGACGAGGAGGAGGCGGAGCCAACACUCUGCUGCUGCUGCUGCUGCUGCUGCUGCUGAGCAGCCACCACUACUGCUGCUCCUCUACACCAGCAACCAGAAGAGUGUGUCAGGGGAUGAGUAACCAGCUGACGCUGUUGGGCACUCGUGAAAAUCACUAUAGCAACAUGGUGAAGGUGUAUGGUAACUGCACCAUGGUCCUGGAGAACCUGGAGAUUACAUACACGCAGGAGCACAUGGACCUGACAUUCCUGCAGUCCAUCCAGGAAGUGAGUGGUUACGUCCUGAUCGCCAUGAACGAGGUGGCCACCAUCCCUCUGGUCAAUCUGAGGCUGAUCCGAGGUCAGAACCUGUACGAGGGUCAGUUCUCUCUGCUGGUGAUGUCCAACUACAUGAAGAACCACUCGUCUAUCACCAACAACUACACCAGUGGCCUGAGGCAGCUGCAGCUCAGCAGCCUGACCGAGAUUCUGAAAGGAGGUGUGAAAAUUACCCACAAUCCCCUGCUGUGUAACACUGACACCAUCCAAUGGUGGGACAUUCUGGACGACAUCAACCCCCGCCUGGUUUUCAAGGACACGUCCAUCCAGAAAUGUGAGAAGUGUGACCCCAGGUGUGUUAACGGUUCAUGUUGGGCAGCUGGUCCAGAACACUGUCAGAGAUUCACUAAACUACUGUGUGCCAAACAGUGCAGCCGAAGGUGUCAAGGUCCGAAACCGAAUGACUGCUGUAACGAACACUGUGCUGCCGGCUGCACGGGACCACAAGCCACCGACUGUCUGGCCUGCAGGGAGUUUAAUGAUGACGGAACGUGUACAAACCAGUGUCCUCCUCCAUCCUUCUACAACCACAAAACUCACCAGGUGGAGAAAAACCCCAGCGCCAAGUUCAUGUUUGGGGCGACCUGUGUUGCUGCCUGUCCACAUAACUACGUGGUGACGGACGGUUCCUGUGUAAGAACCUGUGGUACCGGAAUGUACGAGGCUGAGGAGAACGGAGUCCAGCGCUGUAAGACGUGUGACGGACCAUGUCCCAAAGCCUGUGACGGCAUUGGAGUCGGCACUCUGACUAACAGCAUGGCAGUGAACGCCUCCAACAUCGAGUCCUUCAGGAACUGUACGAAAAUCAACGGAGACAUUUCAAUCAUCCCAACAUCGUUUUCCGGGGACGGGCACUAUAAGAUCCCACCCAUGGACCCUGCUAAACUGGAGUAUUUCAGAACUGUGAAGGAGAUCACUGGUUACCUGCUGAUCCAGGCGUGGCCGGAGAACCUGACGUCUCUUUCUGUAUUCGAGAACCUGGAGAUCAUCAGAGGGAGAACGACACGCCGUGAGUACAGUCUGGCGGUGGUUCAAGCUCACGGCCUGCGUUGGCUCGGCCUUCACUCACUGAAGGAAGUGAGUGCUGGAAGAGUGAUGCUGCGGAACAACAUCCGUCUCUGCUACACCAGAGCAGACCAGUGGACCCCUCUCUUCAGAUCCACUGACCAAAUCACCAACAUGGGCAACAAUGCGCCUCCUGACGUCUGUGAAAAACAAAAUCAAACCUGCGACGACGAGUGCACGCACGCUGGCUGCUGGGGUCCAGGUCCAAACAUGUGUGUGUCCUGUCAACACUUUGACCGCAGGGGGCACUGUGUCUCCUCCUGCAACCUGCUGCAGGGCGCCCCCAGAGAGGUGGAGGUGAACCGUAGCUGUGUUGAGUGUCACCCAGAGUGUCUGCUGAAGACGGGAGAACCGACCUGCCACGGUCCAGGUCCAGACCACUGUUCUCAGUGCACUCACGUCAUGGACGGCCCUCACUGCGUCCCUCACUGUCCACGCGGCGUCCCAGGAGAUGAACACACACUGAUCUGGAAAUAUCCAGACAACAGGGGUCAGUGUCAGCCGUGUCAUCAGAACUGCACUGAGGGGUGUUCUGGUCCUGGACUCUCUGGAUGUACAGGUGCUGUCACACACUCCACGUGGGCGGUGGGUGUGGUUGGCGGACUCCUCCUCCUCGUCAUUGUGUCAUUGGUGGUUUUUCUGCUGCUGCGGAGAAAACGGAUCCGGAGGAAGAGGACGGUGCGGCGCCUCCUUCAGGAGAGAGAGCUGGUCGAACCGUUGACUCCCAGCGGUGAAGCUCCAAACCAGGCUCUGCUGAGGAUCCUGAAGGAGACCGAGUUUAAGAAGGUUCGCGUCCUCGGCUCCGGAGCCUUCGGCACCGUUUUUAAGGGUCUGUGGACUCCUGAAGGUGAGAACGUGAAGAUCCCAGUCGCCAUCAAAGUUCUCAGAGAGGCCACGUCACCUAAAGCCAACCAAGAAAUUCUGGACGAGGCAUUAGUCAUGGCGAGCGUAGAUCACCCUCACGUGUGUCGUCUGCUGGGAAUCUGCCUGACGUCGUCGGUGCAGCUGGUGACGCAGCUGAUGCCGUACGGCUGCUUGUUGGACUACGUCCGAUAUCACAGGGAGCAGGUGGGAGCGCAGUGGCUGCUCAACUGGUGCGUCCAGAUUGCCAAGGGGAUGAGUUACCUGGAGGAUCGUCACCUGGUUCAUCGUGAUCUGGCGGCGAGAAACGUCCUGGUGAAAACUCCAAAUCACGUCAAGAUCACAGACUUCGGUCUCGCCAAACUGCUGACAUCUGACGAGAAGGAGUACCAUGCUGACGGAGGGAAGGUUCCUAUCAAGUGGAUGGCGUUAGAGUCCAUCCUGCAGUGGACAUACACACAUCAGAGCGACGUGUGGAGCUAUGGUGUGACCGUGUGGGAGGUCAUGACCUUUGGCUCAAAGCCGUACGACGGGAUUCCGGCCAGUGAGAUCUCGUCGGUGCUGGAACGAGGAGAACGACUUCCUCAACCACCGAUCUGCACCAUCGACGUCUACAUGAUGAUGGUCAAGUGUGAGUAUCCUGACGAUGACAAUGAUGAUGAAGAUGAUGAUGAAGACUUUGACCUUCUGUCGUUCUCAGGUUGGAUGAUUGAACCGUCCAGUCGUCCAAGGUUCAGAGAGCUGGCAGUGGAGUUUUCAAAAAUGGCCAGAGACCCGUCCAGAUACCUGGUCAUACAGGGCGACCUGCCCAGUCCAUCGGACAGCAGGUUUUACUCUCGACUGCUGAGUGCCGACGACACUGAGGACAUGGUCGACGCAGAAGAGUACCUGCUACCUUACAAAGGAAUGGGUAACCAUGACGACCAACCCUGCGACUCCACGAGCGGUGGAGUGGUCGCUGUGAGAUACAUCACCGAUCCCACUCACAACUCACUGGAGAAAGACGACAUCACUGAUCACGAGUACAUGAACCAGAGCAUGGGUGAGACCAACAGCAGACUUUCUGAGGUCCACAACCUCAACUAUGAGGACUUGAGCCCAGGUUGGGGCGCUGCCUCGCUCCCUCUGUCACAGCGGGAUCCCAGACCAGAAUACCUGAACACCAUGCAGAACUUCCUGCCCAUGGUGGCCGGCGACAGCCUGGACAACCCGGACUACCAGGCGGACUUCCUGCCUCUGGGCAACGCCACGGCAACCACUUCCUUUACUGGUAACGGCAAGUUCCUUCCAGCAGCGGAAAACCUGGAGUAUCUGGCUCAGGGUGCUGCACUGCACACUCCUGUCUGCUAGAGGGCAGCAGAUUCAGACAGAGAAGCUCACCUGUGCAUCAGGAUGCAGACGAACUUGAUCUCUGCGUUUGUCAAGUCGCGUCAGUAUUUGUACGAAAACCAAAGACCAAUGGAAAUGAACAGUAUUUAAAAAUGUAAAUGUAGCAUUUAAUAAUUAUGUCAAAGAAACCUUGUAUUAUGAGCACAGUGAUGCCCCAUGCUGGAGGUGUGAGCUUCUGCAGUUCUUUCUCAGUCCUAUAAAAAAGUUCUUUGAUUUUCCGUUUGGCAUCUAUAACAAGAAAAUUAACAUUUAACGCAAAGUGUUACACAAACAUUUAACGUUUAUGAUGACUCUAAGCUAGCUUUUUCCUGUAGGGAUAUAAAUUUAAGAUACUAGCUAGUCACAAACUGCAUUCGAUAACGUUCUCUGGACUUUUCUGUUCAUGUACAAAGAUUGCAGAAGGAGAUCGUCCAGAAAACCCAGAGCGGGGGGGUGGGGUGGAGCCUGGGUCAAUGUGUAGGAGAAGUUUCACUCCAAUGUUGACUGCAAGUUCUGGGAAACUGUACGGAGUACUUACAUACAGCGCCUCCUGCUGGACAGUUUCAGGAAGAGCAAUGAACAAACUGUCGUCACAUGACUUGAAAUAAUUUGUUUGUUUUUUCAGGAUUUUGAGCCAAACCUUGGAUUAUUAAUCCAGGAUCAUUUGUUUUUCCAUAUUCAAUUUAAAAUCAAUAAUUGCAAAAUAAAGUUGCAAAAAUUGUUACCUCGUUAUUAUGUUUGUAGCAAAUUAUUAUUAUUUUUUUUUUUAAGAAUUCGACUGAAUGCGAUAUUUAUGCUGCGUUCAGUUUACAUCGGAAGUCAGAAAUGGGAACAACGUCACGUCAACAACGUCAUCCUGAGUUCACACGUUCCGGUCAAGAAGUCAGAAAAAAAAUCAAAGGAGCCAUUGUUAGUGAUAGCAGUCGAUAACGUGAUAUUUCACUCACGAGAUCAUCGUAGCAACAUGUUUAUGUAACCGGGUUAUACUUUAACCCGUAAUACUUCCAUGUAAAUAUGUUAAAACAAAAAAAACAAAAAACUAAGGGUCUGGGAUCACCACUUGAAAUAAAGAAUAAUUAUGUGUGUCCUGGUUCAAGAUUUUCUUAAAGAGGACACAGUUAUGAAUUGAGUGAACUACAUAACUGAUAUCUCUUUGACUAUGGAGAAUGAUUGACUUCACACAAAGAAACUCACACAAUUGUAUUGUCUUUUUGAUAUCAAAAUUAUUAUUUG